AUGGAGGCCAAGGCAGGCGGCCCGGAGGAGGUGACGGACGAGGAGAUAGUGCGGCGCCUGCGGAGGGAGGAGGCGGCGCGCCUGGUGGCACUGGUGCAGCGUGGCCGCCUCAUGCAGGCGGUGAAUCGGCAGCUGCAGGGCCACCUGGGCGAGAUCCGCGAACUCAAGCAGCUCAGCCGGCCUCUGCAGGCAGAAAACCGUGAGCUGCGCGACCUCUGCUGCUUCCUGGACGCGGACCGCCAGCGCGGGCGGCGCGCCGCGCGCCAGUGGCAGCUCGUCGGGACCCAAGUAUCCCGGGCAGUGCCCGAGGACCUGGGCGGCUGCUGGGAGAAGCUGGCCGAGCUGGAGGGCCGCUCGGAGGAGCUGCUGCGGGAGAACCUGGCGCUUAAGGAGCUCUGCCUGGCGCUGGGCGAAGAACGGGGCGCCGGCGGCGGCCCCGGCAGCGCUGGGGGCUCAGGUGCCGGGCCAGCACCCGAGCUUGCCCUGCCCCCGUGUGGGCCCCGCGACCUAGGCGAUGGAAGCUCCAGCACCGGCAGCGUGGGCAGUCCGGAUCAGUUGCCACUGGCCUGUUCCCCCCGAUGA